AUGGCAGGACGAUCCGAGAAGAAGCGCUCUUAUAGGCAAAAAACCGUUGGUUUUGUCUAUUCCCUUGUGGCCAUCGUUUGCGUGGGUCUGUGGACCAUGCGCAACGUGAUAUACCCAGCAGAUGGAGUGAAGACGGAGUUCAGGACGCUCGCGUGGAGGGCUGCGCUCUUAACUGGCUCCUACUUAUUCAGUGUUUACGUCAUCUACGACAGCCUCAAGCUUGGGCUGUCUUUUAGCAUAUCAAACGAUCUCUUCUGCCUCACUACUGUCGCCUGCGUGCUCAGCUUCUUCGUCGAUUGGGCGUUUAGGCUGUUCUAUAUCAUCCCGCUUUACUGCUUGUACAAGGCGGGUGCUUUCGUGGUCGGAUGGGCUCUGACCCCCGAACCCGAGGUUGAAGCAAGCUCUAAGAGGGCCGAGAAGCUGAAACGUAAGUAUAAGGUUGUCAGGUCGUGA